AGCCUCCCCUGCCUGUCUCUCUUUGUACACGCACAUGUGUGUGAGAGCGUCUGGGGCUCUUUGUCCUGAGUUCCAUAACUGAAAAGUUAACUGGGCUGGAAGAGUUUGGCUCAAACAACAGAAGGGCAAAAGAAAGGCAAAUUCUGUGUAAACUGGUCCGGGCCCUUGGCUCCAACCCAACCCAAGUAACCUUUGUAUUCUUUACUGCGUUGGAUUAUUUCUAGGGAAGGACAGGCAGAGAGGGCCAUCCUCAAUGAAGGUAGCUUCUCUUUUGCUAGUGGGUUUUUACCUGCUGCCUUCUUGCAGGGCAGAAGAGGGAUUGAACUUCCCCACUUAUGAUGGGAAGGACCGGGUAACAAACCUCAAUGAGAAGAACUACAAGCAAAUGCUGAAGAAAUAUGACCUCCUCUGCCUCUUCUACCAUGAGCCGGUGUCUUCUGAUAAAGUCUCCCAAAAGCAGUUCCAAAUGAAAGAAAUUGUCCUAGAGCUGGUGGCCCAGGUCCUGGAACACAAAGAUAUAGGUUUUGCCCUGGUGGACUCCAAGAAAGAAGCCAAACUUGCUAAAAAGCUCGGUUUUGAUGAAGAAGGAAGCCUGUACAUCCUUAAGGGUGACCGCACUAUUGAGUUUGAUGGAGAGUUGGCUGCUGACGUUUUGGUGGAAUUCCUUUUAGAUCUAAUUGAAGACCCAGUGGAGAUCAUCAACAGCAAACUGGAAGUCCAAGCCUUUGAGCGCAUGGAUGACUACAUCAAACUCAUUGGCUUCUUCAAGAGCGAAGACUCAGAACAUUACAAGGCAUUUGAAGAAGCAGCUGAGCAUUUCCAGCCCUACAUCAAAUUCUUCGCCACUUUUGAUAAAGGGGUUGCAAAGAAGCUAUCCCUGAAGAUGAAUGAGGUUGACUUCUACGAACCGUUUAUGGAUGAGCCCACUCCAAUCCCAGAUAAACCUUAUACGGAGGAAGAGCUUGUGGAGUUUGUGAAGGAGCACCAAAGACCCACACUACGCAGGCUGCGCCCAGAAGAUAUGUUUGAAACCUGGGAAGAUGAUCUGAAUGGAAUCCACAUUGUGGCCUUUGCAGAGAAGAGCGACCCUGAUGGCUAUGAGUUCCUGGAGAUCCUGAAACAAGUUGCCAGGGACAAUACCAACAAUCCUGACCUGAGUAUAGUAUGGAUUGAUCCAGAUGAUUUCCCAAUGCUCGUUGCCUACUGGGAGAAGACUUUUAAGAUUGACCUGUUCAAGCCACAGAUUGGAGUAGUGAAUGUAACAGAUGCAGACAGCGUCUGGAUGGACAUAACAGAUGAUGACGACCUACCUACAGCCGAAGAGCUAGAAGAUUGGAUAGAAGAUGUACUUUCAGGGAAAAUAAACACAGAGGAUGAUGACAACGAUGCUGAUGACGAUGACGAUGACGAUGACGAUGAUGACAACUCUGAAGAAGAUGACGACGAUGAUGAUGAUGAUGACGACAGUGAUGAUGAGGAUGAUUAGUUCUCAUGCCGAAAUUCUCACAGACACUGAACCAUUUUUAUUCAUUAUUCCUUAAAGACAGAAUGGGAGAUAGGAGCAGGCAGUCCCAAAAAGUUCCUUUCUUUAUUGUUAAGACCUCCUUUUCUACUCCUUUAUUAUCAAGAAUAAGAAAACUCAGCAAAUCCUUCCUAAUAGAAUGUGAAGGGUUGCUGGUGGAUAUAGGUUGGGAACAAGAGAGUGAGAAGGGGGAGGAUAGGGCAUAUGUCUGGUUUUAAUGUCCUGACUCAUGUCUUAAGACCAGACAUCCCAAUAGGACAAUAAAAACCAACCACACCUUACAGCGGUUAGCAACUUGUUUCUCUUUCCUCCAAAAUACGGGGAUCAUGAUAGUGCCAACAUCUGGCUACCUUGAGAAAAAGGAUCCUCUCAUAUCUAUUCCCAAGUGUACUUUUUAUAGUUGGCAGUGACAGUAACAGAAAUCAAGUUUUGAAAAACCCACCAAUCCGGAGUAAUCUUAGAAUCAGAUGCCAUGGGAAAUAAGCCUUAAUUCAUUUAGGACUAUACUCCUAAAUUAGGUAAACACCUUCAAUUAGUUUAGAACCCAAACCCAAGACAGUCUCAGUAUGGUUCAUGUUCAUGGAAGUGGAUAAAACCCUUAAACUUGUAACUUUGCUAAAUAGUGCUUUUAUGAUAGUUCUUUUUUUCAACAUCAAACCAUCUACUUCAUAGGAUGGUAGUUACAAUAGUGACACUUUUCCCAUCCUACCCCCUUUUCUAUGUCCUUCCUCUCACCUCAAAAGCCCUGUCGAUUAGCCAGAUAUAAUCUUAUGGCAAAUCAUGUACCUCUAUACACCUGUAGUUUUUGCUCCAUGAUUGCAUUGCAUUUUUCCCUUUAUGGCAAAAGCUGUUUUUUUUUCUGACAUCUUAUCAAACUGGACUUUCCAUUAAUUAACACUUUUACAUAUCUCCAGUAUAAUCAGAAUCAAGAUUUAUAAUCAUGACCCUGAAACACUGUGAGAGCCUGACGUGCCUUCUGAAUCAUCAAAGAAAGCUUAAAUUAUGCUCAGUAUAGUUGCAGUGUUGUGUGUUUUAAGCCUCUUCUAAUUCUUUGAACAUUGGCAAUUCAUACAUGAAGACUAUUAGCCAAAAUAUCUUACUAGUGAGAAUUGCUCCAUACCCAAUCAUUCUGGGAAAACAGUCAGCCCUAUUUCCUCAUACACUUCUUUGUUGUGUAAGAUUCUGGUGGACUGUCCCACAAUAUGAUGUGGAUACUUUUCAAGGUCUACAGCUUGGGCAUACUAGGAGGCUUCUAAGACUAUCUGAUUGUCAACAGAAUGUCAUUUGAACCCUUUGGGAAAUGAAUCAGCAAAGUCAUUGUUGAAGCUGUCAUUUCUAACUAGGCUUUGGUCCAUGGGCCUGUUUGGUCCAGAUGUCUGGGAUGAUACUCACUACUCUUGAUCUUGGGGUUUUCAUUUUCAGGGGGAUCUGUUAAGCUGUGGCCCCCUCCACAAACAUACCACCUUUAGAUUGUGUCACUGUGUCAGAACUCUGGGGCUUGUAAGAUGACUGAGGGGGAACAAGGGAAAAUGAAGGAAGAGGUACCAUCCAGUACAUUUAUGACUGGGAAAGGACCACUUGUGUGUCUCGUGGACAUGAAAAGAAUCAGAGAAUGCCUUCCAGGGCAUUGAGUGGAUCCUUCUGGGAAGAUUUAGGGAAGAGAAUUUCACAGGAAACAAAGAUGUGGAGGGUUGUAAUCUGCACUGAUGAGCUCAUGGACCCAUCAAAGGAUCAAUAGUCAUGCCCCAAUUCUUUUUUGUUCUGUUUUGUCUUCUGUUAGGACCUCAGAUCAACAAUCAGCCUUGAUCGUUCUCAAGGGCUGAGUGCAAAAAACUUUUCUAUCAAAGCAAGGCAAUGUUCUUCCUAUCGUCCCUUAUAGGACGUCUGUGUUCAGGGAUGUGGCUGCGGUAAUUUUUUUCUACCUAUUUCACCCAGCGGAGCCUAGAACAGUGUGAUUCCUCUAGUCUCUUUUUGGAGGUGAUAGCCAGGAUGUUAAACAUUAGGAAGAUAGGGCUACCCAUCAUGUUUUGGAAAAUGGUUCAUUAUUUUAUUGUCAAGAAUAGGUAAAACUUUUACAUUUGUCUGUAAGAAUAAUAAUCCUAUUUGAAAAUUUCAAA